AGAAAAACAAUGAAAGAUUUUUUUCCAUAAUAAUGUUGAGAACUACCCAAAAGAAACUGAAUGAAUGACUGAGAAUUGCUCGCCAGUUUGUGACCGAGACUUGCACAAGUAGUUAGUUAGUUUUACAUACCGAGUUCGUUAUUGCAGCGCAUUUCGCCCAGUAAUCUUCAGAAAUGUUUAAUCUCCACGUGUCAAUUUUCCAAUUUCUUGUACUCUUUUGCCAAGUUGGGUUACAACAGAUCGUUAGAAAAAUUCGGGGCCCACCCGCACGAACGGAAGAAGAUGUUCGAGACAAAGUGGUCGUCAUAACUGGUGCUAAUUCUGGACUUGGGAAAUGCACAGCUUUGGAGAUGUCAAAACGAGGUGCUGUCGUAGUUAUGACAUGCAGAAACUUAACGAAGGGAAUAGAAGCUCGAAACGAGAUUCGCAAAAUAAGUGGUUCCCACAAGAUUGAAUUGGUCGAGAUGGAUCUAUCUGACAUGCACUCUGUUAGGAAAUGCGCUAGUCAAAUUUCUUCAAAAUAUAGGAUAAUCGACAUCCUCAUAAACAAUGCCGGUAUUGCUAUUCACUCCCCAACUCGACAAUUGACCCCCGAAGGGAACGAAUUACAUUUUGCAACGAACUAUUUGGGUCAUUUUAUGUUCACAAAUCUACUUCUUGAUAACAUCAAGAAGUCGAAAGCUGGCAGAAUAGUUAACGUCUCAAGCUCUGCCCUCGUUUUAGCAAAUUUUUCAAUCAAUGACUUGAGCAUGGAUCACAGAGGGAUGGGGAUCGGAAAUUUGGCACCGUAUAGCAACUCUAAAUUUGCUAAUGCGUUAUUUACCAAAGAGCUUGGUGAACGCCUGGCAGGUUCCAACGUGACAACUUUUACUCUCUGCCCUGGACUGGUCAACACUUACCUUUCGCAAGCUUAUUACAGCGAUGACGGACUGCAAAAUCGUUUAGUUCAAGGUGUUCUAUCACUCGUUGGAUUAUCCGUGGAAGAUGGGGCGGAUGGAAUCUUGUAUUGUGCAUUGGCCAAAGGAAUUUCUCACACUUCUGGCCAAAUGUAUAGAUUUGGAAGAGUGUUGACGUCGGUAUCAUUUAUAUUGACGGAUUCUUUGGCAAAAGAAUUGUGGAAGGAGAGUGAAAAACUUGUGCGAAUAAAAUGAAAAUUACAGAUA